AUGCCUUUUAUAGCCCAGUCUCCCGCAGCUGAGAUCUGGGGGGAUUUGAAUUACGAUGGCAAAGUUGAUAUCACUGGCGAUGCCGAUGUUUCUAAGAAUGGUCGCGAGGCGAUCUUUCUUGCCAAUAUCGGAGACACAGGUCAAAGAUGCUCGCAAAUGCCCCAAUUUCAAGGAAGUUUAUCAUCCGAGAACGUUCUUGACACUUGCAAUGAUGCGUCGGAGGAGUUACAGCGCAGCCCUCAAUAUAUGGCCCCCCUUCGUACAGUUCCGAUGCCAGGGUUAAGUGCAGAUGCAAGCGGCCGUUUAUCCCUUUCAGGCAGUCGCGACAUCAAUACGAUUAUAAGACUCUUUUUGAAAAAGGUACAACAAAUUUCUCCUCGGCAGAGCUCGUCGCGGGCUUGGAGCUUGGGAUUGAUUCUUCGACAGACUCGAAACCCUGGAUGGAAUGGUCGCGUUACCGUCACCUUCAGUGUGGAGGACAAGGGGGUCCAGCAAGAAAGCAAGGUUAAUCUUCGUGUGGCUCCGGUUCUCACGCACCAUCAUCUGCAAAAAGCUGAGCAUAUUUUAAUAUCUGACCCGAAUCAAGCGCUGAGCGAAAGGCCAUGGUUUUCAGCAUUCUUCGAUCGACUGACGGCUGCAUUAGCGGAAGCAGGACUAGCAGGAAAACUAACCAAACUCAACACGGAUGACAGAUGGGCACAGGACUUUUUGGAGACCGGAUUCACCAGCAUGCCAGUUCCAAACGGGCCAAUUACCUUAAGAAUCAUGAUCCGUUCUUCUCAGUCCUUCCGCUCGGUUGGUCGACUAGCCUAUCUACAGCUUCGUAAUAACGGAACCGGUGCAGUUCAAUAUAUUGGAGGAAGUACAGGCCGCUACACUACAGAGUCUUUGGGAAAUUUAGAGACGAUUCCACCGUAUGAACAUAACAAUGUCAAGUAUCCGGGCGGGCGGACUAUUAUGGGUCUAGGCAAUGAUCCUAUGCCCCAUAUCCUUGCUUUUCUUGACGCCCAGGAGGUACAAAAGCCUUUGACACUCGACACUUCAUGGCUUGCUGCUGCGCACGUGGAGGAGUUUCUUACAUUCAUCCCAGCUAAUACUCCCCGAGGCUGGCGCUUGAUGUAUGGAGGUGUGCAGAAGGGGUUGGACUUCCUAAAACAGGUGGAAAAGGAUGGGCACGGAAGGACGCCUUUCUUCUCAAGACCGGCUGAAGAUACAGAGUUUAAAAACUUCGCCAUUUCUGAUCUCCUGGCAGACGAGGAGUUUCUCGACUUGAAUGCUGAAUGCAGUAAACGCACCCUGGCAAACAUUAAUAUUCUUAAGAACGAAACCGGCCUCACAGAUUCCGAGAUAAUAGGGGUGCAUGCCCUUUACCAUGACCUAGAAAAGACGUCCAGUUCUCGUGUAAGAGCUAAGAAGUCCAAUUCAGAUCUUUGUCCGAAAGUUGCUCAUAAUAUCAUGUCCAUGACACCAAAUGAUGCAGCAAUGCUUGCUCGAAAGCGACCUUCUCUCAGUGAACGGAGAACUGGCGCUGCACAGAUUCAAGCAAGACAAGUCAAAGAAGUACAAGCUGUCUCAUUUUUCCCAUCUUUUAUGAAUGGACUUUUGGUUUCAAGUUCACAGUACCUUGCUCCCCAGCCAUUCGGGCCCAGUAUUAAUGGAACCGAUGUUCUUCAGGAAGUUCUAUUACAAUCGAUGAAAGAAAGCGGAUAUAAUGUUCAAUUUAUCGACGACCGCAAUUUUUUUCUCGAUUUUGGGGAUGUUCACUGUGGGACAAAUGCCUUGCGCGAAAGCAGGGUUGAGUGGUGGAAGUAG